CACUAUGCUCAUCAAUGCUUAGGCUAAUCCAAGCACGUAGUACUACUGGUUACUACGAGUAGUUUAACACCACGCGCGCGCGAGCACACAAGUUUCGUCCCAAGGGCACCUCCCAGAGGGGCAAAGACGACUACUGCGCCUCCGUUCAACGCCCGCCGGCCUUUCCCCUCGUCUCCCGUUCAACGCUCGGCCUCCAUCUCACCAGCUCCCAAACCUCGCGUGCACCACUCCAUGUCCGGACCAGCAGCGGGAGGCGGAGAGGACCGCGGCGGCGGCCAGCUCUACGGCGACCAUCCGCCUGCCGCGGCCGACGUACUGGUGGACGACGUCUUCUUUCAGAGUCGUUCGGCGUGCGGCGGCGGGGACGAUGGUGGUGUCGCGCCGUCGGCCUACUCCAGCAUCACCGACUACCUGCAGGGGCUCCUCGACCCCGCGGAGCUCGCCAGGCACCUGGACGCGCCUCCGUGCUUCCCGGCGCCGGGAGACGUGAACGUGAUUGGCGAGGCCGCGACCCCGGUCACGCCCAACUCGUCGACGUCCGGGGAGGCGGCGGGGGCCGAGUCCCGCGGGUGCAAGAGGGGCAGCCCGGUGCCGGAGGAGGGAGACGAGGAUGGAUCUGCUGAUCAGCACAACCACAGCAGGAGCGAUGAGAAGGAGCAAAAGAAGAAGGGGAAGGGGGAGAAGAAGGCCCGUGGCUCCCGUGUGGCGUUCGCGACCAAGAGCGAUGUCGACCACCUCGACGAUGGCUACCGCUGGCGCAAGUAUGGCCAGAAGGCCGUCAAGAACAGCUCCUUCCCAAGGAGCUACUACCGGUGCACAGCGGCACGGUGUGGGGUGAAGAAGCUGGUGGAGCGGUCGCAGCAGGACCCGUCCACGGUCGUCACCACCUACGAGGGCCGCCACGGGCACCCAAGCCCCAUGGCCGCCCACCGCGGCGCACGGAUGCUAAUGGCCACCGGUGCGGACACUGCCUAUUCGCUUGCCGCGCUCCAACAUCACCAACAUGACCUUUUGCCGGCUGGUGCCGACGUCUACGGGCGCAUGUGCAUGCAGCCCACUACGGCCGCCGCCCCGUCGGUGGCACACCGAUUGUCGGAGUACGGUGGCAUGCAGUUCCACGCCGAUCUUCUUCCCGAUGACGCGAUGGGCUACCAGCAUGGGUAUCGUUAACUCAAUCACUAUGAGUAUGUACAUAAUAUGCCCAUAGCUUCAGUUUGGCCUUAAUUUAGCGAGGCAUGGAGCUGACCGAUGGGCACACACGUUUUUUUUAUUCGAACUGACAGACACAGGGUAACAGGUACAAAUGUUUGUUGUGCUGAAUUUGUUCUGGAUGUUGAAAUCAAAUUCUUUAUAGCUAGCUAUUCUAGUUACAACAGCAAAGCACAAUUCUGUACUGCAAGGAUUAUACACUGUGUAAUUCAGGUAUGUGAUGAGGAUUUUUUUUGGAAGUA